AAAAAGCGCAGAAGCGUGCUCGUGCCCAAUGACUCAUCUCAGCGUCAGCAAGUGGAUUUAAAUUAAGCCUAUAAAAAACUAAUUUCCCCAGUAAUGAGGAAGCAUGCAAAAAUUAAAAAUAGUCCGACAGGAAAGCCAUUUGUACUAAAAAAUUCGACGCCAAAUGGGGAAAGCUUAAAAAAUUCAUAAAGUUGUCGUGUCUAAUCAUCUCUGAGUAGAUCUACGGAUGUUUCUGAGUGUAAAAUUGUGAGAUUGUUGCAUCUUGGCAGAGUUUGAGGCUUCGAAUUGGAAGGAAGUUCAUUUAUCUGCAAAUUGGGAGCGAGUCGGCGAAUUUUCAAUGCCUAUCUUAUCUGCAAUGUUUCCACAGGGACCAAAUUUAGAUGCUGCUGCAACAAAAGCAGCUAGCGCCCUUUCAAAUAUGAAUAUCUCAUAUGCAGGCCCGCGGAUGGCUCAAAUUUUGGGUGAUAAAAAACUAGGUGGGCAGCAAUCACUUGCUAUUAUAGGGCAUCGUGGUUCUGGCAAGAACAAAGUUAUUAUCAGUGGAGAGGCUCCUAACACACGACCAUCUGUUAUGGAAAAUACUAUAAAAUCUCUGGUGCAAGCUGGAGAGAAUGGUGCGGAUUUUGUCGAAUUUGAUGUACAGGUGACCAAAGACGGCCAUGCUGUAAUCUUCCAUGAUGACCACAUCAUAAUAGACAACAAGGGGUCUUAUAUUGCAAGGCGUAUUGGAGACCUUACUCUUGAAGAGUACCUUUCGUUAGGGUUUCAAUCUGAUGGUCUAGAGAUCCAAAUGCCUCUAGUUAGAAAAGCAUCAGAUGGCAGUAUCUGUAGAUGGAUUGUAAAUGUGCAAGACUGCUUGUGUACUCUUAAGGAUGCAUUUGAGAAAAUCCCUCUUUCUGUUGGAUUCAACAUAGAGUUGAAAUUCGAUGACGAAGCUGAGGUCCCUCAAGCAGAUCUCCAAAGGGUGAUUUCUGUAGUUCUAAGGGAAGUGGAAAUGUAUGGAAAGGGUAGAAAAGUUUUCUAUUCUAGCUUUCACCCAGAUGCAGUUGAUUUAGUGCGAAAAAUGCAAGCAGAAUUCCCCGUUCUCUUCUUAACAGACGGUGGUACUUAUAUCUACAAGGACGAAAGAAGAAAUUCAAUUGAAAGUGCAAUCCGUCUUUGCCUUCAAUGUGGGCUGCAAGGAAUAGUGAGUGAAGUAAAAGCAAUUUUAGAGAAUCCUGGGUUAGUUUCUAAAGUUAAAGACGCCGGUCUAUGCCUCCUCACUUAUGGUGAACUGAACAACUAUGUUGAAGCUCUGCAAAAGCAAAAGGAAGUGAAUGUUGAUGGAGUGAUAGUGGAUCAUGUGUUGGAGAUAGUUACAGCGACUCAGAAUGACACUAGUUUGUCAAUAACAUCACCAUCCUCAGAUAAAAUGUCUUCAAGGGAUCUUCCCGGUAUCGUCAAAGCAGCUGCUUAGACUAGGAUCCUGACGCUAAACUAUUUUCCUUCACUAAUCUAAUGUCAUGGAAUCAUCUUUACUUUGUCCUAGAUUAACCUAUAGUUGGGCUCUGUGUAUCUCCCAAACAAAAUCAAAAGUUGAUUUAAUCCCAGUAAUGAUGGUCACUGGUGGUGUGUGUACCUGGGACAAGCUAGAACUUAAAGUGGACCACUCAUCCAGCUCAUUAUAUAAUGUUGCACGGCUUAUGUAAUAGUACACUUGGACACUGUCAAUUAUUUGGCAUUUUCAAUUUAUUUCUUGGAAGAAUUGAUACA